ACGAAUAUUUACAAAUAACCUCAAAUAUUUGCUCGGAGCAUAUUGUGAAAAUUCCCCGUGAUUGGAUAUAAUCAACGAAGUUAUGGAAAGUUUAGGAAACAUAAUUAGUGUGAAAGAAGAAUCAUAUGAUGUUUGGUCAGAAGCAGAAGACUAUAUUUUCGAUUCGAAGGACUCUUGCGAAAUCAAAAACAUUAAAACAUUCAAUUUUUGUCCAGCAUCAGUAAAUUUCGCAAAUGAGGCUAUGCAGUUUCAAAAAAAGUUAGGUGAAAACAUUUUCGUUGAUUUUGAGUGCAAAAAUGUUAAACCAGAGCUAAAGUCUUCACCAACAAUAAACUUCAAAACUGAGUUCCAAAAUUAUCCACCAAAUGUGAAAAUAGAAAAUGAAAAUCAAACCAAUGAAAUAAAUGAAAAUAUAUUCAUUGAUUAUGAGAGCAAAAAUGUUGAGCCUGGAUUGAAGUCUUUACCAAUAACCAUCUGCAAAAAAAUUCAAAACAAAUUAUCACAUGAGUGCAAAAGGUGUCCCAAAACUUUCAAUCGAAAAGCGAAAUUAAAUAUGCACAUCUAUGCUACACAUAAGGGCAUUAAAUUAUAUGAAUGUGAUAUUUGUCACAAAUCAUUUGGAUACAAACAUAACCUUCAACGCCACAUAAUUUCAGUACAUUAUCGGAGCAAACCUUUCAAAUGUGACAUUUGCCAUAAAUCAUUUGGACUCAAACAUCAUCUUCAACGGCACGUAAAUGCAGUACACAAUCUGAGCAAACCAUUCGAGUGUGACACUAGUCACAAAUCAUUUGAACGAAAAAGUAAUCUUGAAGUUCACAUAAACGUAGUACACAUUCGUAAUAAACCCUUUGAAUGUGACAUUUGCCAUAAAUUUUUUGGAUUCAAACAUAGCCUCGAACGUCACAUAAAUGCAGUACAUAUUCGUAAUAAACCCUUUGAAUGUGACCUUUGCCACAAAUCAUUUGGAUUCAAACAUAGCCUCGAAAGUCACAUAAAUGCAGUACAUAUUCGUAAUAAACCCUUUGAAUGUGACAUUUGCCAUAAAUCAUAUGGAUUCAAACAUAUCCUCGAACGUCACAUACAUGCAGUACAUAAUCACAUCAAGCCUUUCGAUUGUAACAUUUGUCUUAAUUCAUUUGCGUACCAGAGUCAUCUCAAAAGGCACAUAAUGACGGUACAUGAUCGUAGCAAACCUUUCGAAUGUGAAAUUUGUCGCAAAUCAUUUGGACAAAAGAAUAACCUCAAAAGUCAUGUAAGUACAGUACAUGAGUACAGUAAGAGUACAGUGAGAAAGUACUGUACAUGAGUACAGUGAGAGCAAAACCGUCCAUUGCGACAUUUGUCACAAAUCAUUCGGAUCCAAGAGUGAAUUUAAUAAAUACGUAUAUUCCACACAUGAUCUCAACAAACCUUUUGAGUGUAACGUUUGUCAUAAAUCAUUUAGACACAAAUAUAACCUUCAACGCCACAUAAUUUCAUUACAUAAUCGGAGCAAACCUUUCAAAUGUGACAUUGGCCACAAAUCAUUUGGACUCAAACAUCACCUUCAACGACAUAUAACAGUGUACAUAAUCGCAGCAAAGCCGUCAAAUGUGACAUUUAUCACGAAUGAUAUACUCGCAAAGACACUCUCAAACUUCACGGAAUGAUGGUACA